AUGGACCCUCUUCUCCAAAUUCUAUCGACUAUCAUUUGUUGUCUCCUUCCUCUGCUCAUCUCUUUCAUUUACCGUCUCCAAAGGAGAGCAUCCACUACUUCUACUAGAACAAAUUGCCCCGUUCCGCAAGUGUGCGGUGCUUGGCCAGUUAUUGGCCAUCUCCACCUCCUUGGUGGCCACCAACUUCUACACAAAACAUUGGGAGCCAUGGCUGACAAGCAUGGACCUGUUUUCACUAUAAAACUCGGUUCACACAAAGUUUUGGUUGUGAACAGUUGGGAAACGGCCAGAGAGUGUUUCACUGUCCAUGACAAGACUUUCUCGACAAGACCAAACAUUGCAGCCUCUAAGCUGCUAGGCUAUGACUACGCCAUGUUUGGCUUCGCUCCUUAUGGACCGUAUUGGUGCUAG